AAGGGACUAAGUCCUCAUAUCAGGUUCCAACUUGGGUUGUGUGAUGGCAAUGGCAGCAUAGGAUCUGGAAGUGGAUUUUGUUUUCAGCAUUUAAUUAAUGAUUAUCAGGCAUGGCGGCUGGUCAAUAGCAGGUGCUGAAGUUUCUGGCAACUCAAACCAGGUACCAUAUUUAAUUGGCUGAUAGCCUUCACAGCAAAAUCAUCAUAAAUAGGGUAAACUGGAAGGGAGACUGGUGAGAAACAGCUUGAGUUAGAGGAAGAGUGUGCUGUUGCUUCCGUGAAUGUGCUCCUGCAGGCAUGAAUGGCACAGGGAGAGAUUUUAUUCUCAGUCAACAUAAGGAAGAAGCCAGAAAGCCUCAUACUGAGGGCAUGAUAAUAUGGCUACAGAGGAGGCCAGCAGCCUACAGAAUACCUGCAUAAACAUGACUUGGCGUAGUUUAGCAAGAUGAAUUAAAUUCCUGACAGGAAGCUGAUAGCCCUGCAUGCUAUGAAUGGAGCCAAUGAAAUGUGAGGCAAGAUUGUCAAGCAAUGCAUCGGGUAUGACUGUGCCCCAGCAUCCUCAAUGAAACGCAGAGUAAUCUCACAGGAAAGCUCCUGGUCAGUCAGAGUUAAUGCUGCAAGAUACAAGGCUGCCAUGCUGAGCUGAACCUUGUUUUAUUUUGCUAAGUGCAAAUUGCCUUGAGUCUUUUGGAGAAAUUUUCACCAGAAGGCCUAGUGAGAUUUCUUGACUUACCUCACGAAAUGAGCCUUGUUAAGUACUCAAUCCACAUCUCUCAUGCCUACUAUGUGCCAUUCCUGAAACAACUCACCGCUCACUGGGUAAAUGCCAAAAGGCCAUCAUACUUGGUGCCCUCUCUAUGUUCAAAGGCUGCUGUGAGGUUGGAAGAACACAGGCAUUCACAAGCUGCCCUCCUGGAUCAAGGUCAAAAUCAGAACAUAUUGACCAAGUGUAAGAUGGUCCAGCAACUCUCCAACAGGGACCUUGAAGUUCUAGUUGAGCAUGGUGCAAAGGAGAGGAGCCUCUACCCAGAGCACCAACACAGCAUGCUGCAUGACCAGGCCUGACAGACCAGGCACCAGUUCAUCUCACUGGUGCUGAGAAAUGGCAGCAGUGCCAAAAGAAGGACCAUGACCUUCUCCACUCUAUAAAUUUAUAUGUGUAGGAGGAAGUUCAUCGCGAAUGAAAAUUUUCAGUCAGUACAUGAAUGAGCUGUUGGGCCUUGGUCGUGCCACUGAUGACAUACCCAAUAUCUGUGCGCAAACCGACCGUUACAGUAUGUACAAAGUGGGGCCUGUUCUUGCAGUCAGUCAUGGCAUGGGAAUUCCCUCAAUCUCAAUCAUGUUACAUGAGCUCUUCAAGUUGCUGUAUCAUGCCAAGUGCACUGAUGUUGUUGCCUUUCGUAUUGGAACCUCAGGUGGAAUAGGCUUGAAGCCAGGCACAGUUGUGAUCAGCAAAGUCUCAGUCGAUCCUUGCUUCCAUCCACACUUUGAACAGAAUGUAAUGGGGAAGAUCACAGCUUACUGCACAGAACUAAAUGCACAUCUGUCUCAGGAACUACUGAUCUGCAGCAAAGAAAAUAACCAAUUUGACACCAUCAUUGGUACAACCCUGUGCACCUCUGAUUUCUAUGAAGGUCAAGCACGUUUAGAUGGUGCAUUCUGCAACUAUACCCAUGAGGACAAGAUGAAAUACCUGCAGCGUGCCUAUGACGCAGGGAUUCGCAACAUUGAGAUGGAGUCCUCUGUAUUCGCAGCUAUGUGCAAACGAAGUGGCUUACCAGGUGCAGUAGUUUGUGUGACUCUGCUGGAUCGACUGCAAGGUGAUCAAAUCGACAAUUCCCAUGAAGUACUUGCAGAAUACCAGGAGAGACCACAGAAACUAGUUGGCUGUUACAUUAAAAAAGUAUUCUGCAAAAUAUAGGCAAGGUUCGACUGUUCAUAACAUUAAGAAGAAUGAGUUGUUUAACUUUUUUCAAUUUUUUAAAGAGCUUAUAUGAUUUUAAAUAUUUGGAUUGGAGACUUCCUUAUGUUUGCACAUUAUCUCUGUAUAUUUUGAAAGCCAUAAUGGAAGUUCAUUCGUAAAUAAACUGUUUUGAUGUUGCCAGUGUUUGGUAAAAUAAAAAGUUUCAUUUGGCCUGGCUAAUUGCUGAAGAAUAAAGAUCUAAACUGUUGCUUCAGUCUGGCAACUUUCUGUAUAACAAUACGUGGAAAAAUCAUAUGAUAUCAAUUUAUACUUUCGAAGAAUAUGAAUAAAAUUUUCUGAAUCGUG